AUGGUUUUAACUCCACCCAACUCUGAAUCUGCCUCUGAAGAGGUCAGCCUGUUUGCAGAUGGACAAGAAUGUGCGUCAAGCACAGAUACCCGGGUUUCAGGGGGCUCGCCAUCCUCGUGCUGUCGCUCCCCUCGGGGCCCCGGGGCCCCAGGGAAGAAGCUGCUGCAGGCCCUGCAGCACCAAACAGAUGGUUUGGAAGCUGAAGAGACAGACAAGCACGACAGCGAACAACCCACUCACGCAGAAGCUGCAGUGCCGGCAGAAGUAGUCAUUUCCCAGGCUGGGGCUGCGUGCUGCUGCUGUCACCCAGAAAGACACCGCUGCGGGCAGCACGGAGGGGGCUGUUCUGCCCCCCGGCACGAACCGAGUGCCGAGAGGAUAAGCAGCAGCGGCAGCCGGUGCUGCUGCCGCACCCACAAGUGCAGCAGCUGGCGUUCAUCAUGUUCAGCUGUUCAAAGGGAACAUCAUUCCCCUCCGCAUUUCGGAAAAUGGCAGAAGAUUCUGUGGAAAAAACAGCCGCACCCCGACUGCUAUGUGGACGAGACGUUCUUGAACACCCUCAUGAGAAACGCGAAUCUGACGCGUUAUAUGUAUUCGGAUUUGUGCAAAUCAACGGUUGUUCUGACGCAACAUCUGAGCUGCAUUUUAAUUUUCUUGCUGGUUUACCGCAUGAUCGUCAAAAGGUCCCUUGCGGCCUCCACUUUAGUCGUCUUCGACGUCGUAUCACUACCCCUGGGCUACGCGCUCCGCUGGUCGCUUCAGCCUGCGCCGCGAGCUGCACGCCAAGUUUUGCAAAGCGCGAUCAUUGUGUUUGGCGUCCUGAGGAUCCUCGCGCCGGUGCUGCAGACCUUGACGCAAUCCUUCAGCGACGACACAGUAAUUAGCUUGACGUCGAUUUGCCUGUUGAUUCACAUCCCCCUCAAUGACUACUCCUACGUCUACCGGAACCCUGAGACCAUAGAUGAGCCUUUGGGGCGCCUCAUGAGUUUGAACGUGGCGCUCUUUGCAAAUGUUUUACUGGCUUCUCGGCUCAGCACAUCGACUGAAGUCUUUGCCUUCCUCUUUUUUGGUAUUGAGUAA